AUGGCCACAUUAUUACGUACAACAGCUAAUUCCACAAAAUUGAUUGCUGGAACUCAAUUAUCCAACAAUGGUAAAUUUGCAUCUAAUACUGGAAAUAGUAUCCCAUCAAUUGUUGAUUCAACAGUUAAUCUAAAUACAAUUGAUAGUCUUCAGAAACGUGCUACUUUUAUGUCUAACAAUGGAUCAUUUUUAGGUGCAUCAUUUAACAAAGGAAUUAACGUUACUUCACGCCGUUAUGCUCAUACUGAUGUUAAAUUUCCCAAUUUUGAUGGAUACAGACCAACAUCAACAUUAGAUCCAACUAAACCAGCCCGUGAAACAGAAGAUGCUCGUCGUUUAGCUCCACAAGCUGUUUUUUAUGGAGUUGGCGGAGUUCUUUCACUUAUGUUAGGAAAGGAACUUGUUCAGAAAGCCGUCACUUAUAAAGCUAUGGCUGCUGAUCAAAAAGCUCUUGCUUCUAUUGAGAUUAAAUUAGAUGAGAUACCUGAAGGAUCCACUAAGACAUUUGAAUGGCGUGGAAAACCUGUUUUUGUCAAGCAUCGUACACAAAAAGAAAUUUCAACUGAAAAAGCAGUUACUGUAGGUGAUCUUCGCCACCCUGAACACGAUGAUGAACGAGUACAAAAAGAUGAAUGGUCUGUUGUUAUUGGUGUUUGCACUCAUCUAGGAUGUGUACCACUUGCUAAUUCAGGUGAUUUUGGAGGAUAUUAUUGCCCAUGCCACGGAUCCCAUUAUGAUGGUUCUGGUCGCAUUCGUAAAGGACCAGCCCCAUUAAAUCUUCACGUUCCACCAUAUGUUUUCAAAGAUAAUACUAUUAUCGUAGGAUCAGACUAG